GUGUUUGUGUUUUAUCAGACAAAUACCCAUUAUUUUCUCACACCCUCAUCUCUCCCCUUCCCCCUCUCCCUUUUCCUUUGAUUUUCUUCUUCUUCUUCUUAUACACUCUCUUCUUUAUAUUCAAGAUUGAUCUGGGUCUUUCUCUAAAUGCUCUCAGGUUUCAAUCUGGGAGCUUUUCCAUUAUAGUGUAAUUAACUGAAGAAGAAAGUUUUCUUUUCUUUUUGUCUUUUUAAAAAAGACCCUUUAUUUUCCAUAAGUAUAAUCAAGAAAAAGAAAUGGCCAUAUCUGAUGAGAACAAUCCUACAAUGAUUAAACCUACAAAUGUGCAAGGUGGGGCUGGAAUGGGUACCAGAAAGUUUGGUGGAGUGGAAACAAGAAACAACAGAAGAGCAUUGGGAGUGAUUAAUCAGAAUUUAGUGGGUGGUGCUCAUCCUUUUCCUUGUGUUGUUAACAAAAGAGGAUUAUCUGAAGCAAAUGGAAGAUGUGACAAGAAUCUGCCUAUUCCAGCUCAUAGACCUAUCACGAGGAAAUUUGCAGCACAAAUUGCUAGCUCUCAUCAACAUCGCUCCGAGGAAAACAAGAAAGCUAAAAUAGCAUCAGAAGAAUUCAGUAUAUGGGAGGAUAUCCCUCUCACAGAUGUGGAGGAAAAUGAAGCAGCUAAAGAUCAACCUGUUCCUAUGUCUUUGGAACUAACAGAAACAGUCCCAAAUGACAACAAGAAUCAAAUGGAAGUAGAAAUGGAGGAUAUAUUAGAGGAAAAUAUAAUAGAUAUCGAUGGCGAUGAUGCAAAGAACCCCCUUGCAGUUGUUGAAUAUGUACAAGAUUUGUUUGCCUCCUAUAGAAAAAUGGAGGGUUGUAGCUGUGUUUCUCCGGACUAUAUGGCACAACAGUUUGACAUCAACGAGAGAAUGAGAUCCAUUCUAAUCGACUGGCUCAUUGAGGUACAUCACAAGUUCGAGCUCAGGGAAGAGACGUUGUUCCUGACUGUUAAUUUGAUAGAUAGAUUUUUGGAGAAGCAAGGUGUUGUCAGAAAGAAGCUGCAGCUUGUUGGGUUGGUUGCCAUGCUAUUAGCAUGCAAAUAUGAGGAAGUUUCUGUUCCAUUGGUGGAAGAUUUGGUGUUUAUUUCUGACAAAGCCUAUUCAAGGAAGGAGAUUCUUGAAAUGGAAAGAAUGAUGCUUAACACACUGCAGUUUAACAUGUCAGUUCCAACUGCAUAUGUUUUUAUGAGAAGAUAUCUUAAGGCUGCUCAAUCUGAUAGGAAGCUUGAGCUGCUGUCUUUCUUCUUGGUUGAGCUUUGUCUAGUGGAAUAUGCAAUGCUCAAGUUUCCACCAUCAUUCAUAGCUGCUGCAGCAAUCUAUACAGCUCAGACCACACUCUACGGUGUCCAGCAGUGGAGUAAGACAUGCGAGUGGCAUACUAGUUACUCGGAAGAUCAACUUAUGGAGUGCUCGAGAUCGAUUGUGAGCUAUCACCAGAAGGCAGCAACAGGAAAACUAACAGGGGUGCAUAGGAAGUACAGUACAUCUAAAUUUGGUUAUGCAGCAAAAUGUGAGCCUGCCCAUUUUCUUGUGCAGACACAACAACAAUAGGAAAGGGGCAUGUACAGUUAUUACUAACUUUAUGUGCAAUUGGAUUCCUAAAGAUUUCUCAUUGGUAUAACGGAUCGGGGGGUAAUAGGAAAAAUAA